CUCUCUCAGGCUGGGGUCGGCAAACCUUUUUCAUCCCCACAGCAGCAGGCUCGUCUUCCAUAGCUACCCCAGCACACCCGGUUUCAGUGAGGAGGGCACAGGAGAGCCAAGCAAUGGUCUGAGCUGCAGCAGCAGCCGCCCAGGGACCCAGCCCGAGCUUGCCCCCGCAGAGGGAGGGCUAGCAGCGGAGGGCGCCCCGGGGAAGGCGCCACUCAACCACCACCCCCGGGGCAGGGACGCAGGCGGCAGCGCCCGUCCCCUCUCCGGGCGCGGCAGCAGGAAGGGGGCGAACCGCCCUGCCCCGCACGGCCGCAGCCUGGCGUGAGAGCGCCCCGGGCCGAGGCCGGCCGGGAGCAGCGGAGCCGCGGGCUACGCACCCAGCAGGAGACCGUCCAUGUCAAAGAUCAGUUAAUGGGAGUGGACUUUCCACCCAUAUAGUGGUGAUAAGUGCAUGCAGCCAGCUUGUUUGAAAUCUGGAGGCAGAAAGUGAAACAGCCUGCCGUGAGGAGGAAGAUGAGGAUCCUCAUACUUCUACUAUUUUAUCACUUUGCCACAAAGAAUGCCAAAAGUUACCAAACUUCAAAUCCCAACUUUAUUUUAAUCAUGGUUGAUGACCUUGGCAUUGGAGAUCUGGGAUGUUAUGGAAACAAAACUUUAAGAACCCCCAAUAUUGACAAGCUAGCUAAAGGAGGAGUGACAUUUACUCAACACAUAGCAGCAUCUCCACUGUGUACCCCAAGCAGAGCAGCUUUUCUGACAGGCCGAUACCCUGUCAGAUCAGGAAUGGCUGCAUUGUCAAACAUUGGUGUCUUCUUAUUUUCUGCCUCUUCUGGUGGACUACCCCCUGAAGAAAUAACUUUUGUGAAGCUUUUGAAGCAGAAAGGUUAUUCUACAGCUCUUAUAGGAAAGUGGCAUCUUGGGAUGAACUGUAACAGCAGGGAUGACUUCUGUCAUCACCCCCUCAAUCAUGGAUUUGAUUACUUCUAUGGGCUCACCGUGACCAGUCUUAGAGACUGCAAACCAGGGGAAGGCAGCGUGUUUGUGGCAGGGGUUCGAGCAUAUCUUGCCACUCCACUUCAGCUCAUCGGCAUCACCCUAAUCUCUUUGGAGGUGCUGCAUUAUAUUGAUCUCCUCAGAAUACCCCGUGGAGCACUGCGCUACUUCUUUUUAAUAUCCACAGUUUUAUUUGGACUUUUGCUCAUUUUCUUUUAUACUUUUCCAUAUCUAAACUGCUUUUUGAUGAGGAACCACCAGAUUAUCCAGCAGCCACUGUCCUAUAAGAACCUUACUCAAAGAUUGACGGAAGAAGCUGUACAGUUUAUAGGAAGGAAUGCUGAUGCACCAUUUCUUCUUUUCCUGUCCUACCUUCAAGUCCACACUGCUCUAUAUGCAUCAAAGGAUUUCAAAGGAAAGAGCAAACAUGGCUUAUAUGGGGAUGCUGUAGAGGAAAUAGACUGGAGUGUAGGAAAGAUUCUGGAUGUGCUAGAGAAAUGGAAUCUGAAUGAUAAGACUCUUGUAUACUUCACAUCUGACCAGGGGGCACAUGUUGAAGAAGUCUCUAGCACUGGAGAAGUCCAUGGGGGGUAUAAUGGAAUUUAUAAAGGUGGAAAGGCUACAAACUGGGAAGGAGGUAUUCGUGUGCCUGGUCUUCUUCACUGGCCAGGAGUGGUACAGGCAGGUGUCCAUAUUGAUGAGCCCACAAGUAACAUGGAUAUAUUCCCUACAGUGGUUAAACUUGCAGGGAUACCAUUACCCAAAGACAGAAUUAUUGAUGGACAUGAUCUGAUGCCCUUGCUUCAAGGGAAAAUUCUCCGAUCCGAGCAUGAAUUUCUCUUCCAUUACUGUAAUGCAUAUUUAAAUGCAGUGCGCUGGCAUCCAGGAAACAGUGAAUCUAUUUGGAAAGCUUUUUUCUUCACUCCAAACUUUGAUCCAGAAGGCUCCAACGGUUGCUAUAAUUCCCACGUGUGCUAUUGCUAUGGAAGACUUGUCACACACCAUAACCCACCGCUACUCUUUGAUCUCUCCAGAGACCCCGGAGAGAAGAAUCCACUAACACCAGAGACUGAACAUCGUUUCUAUGAAAUCCUUGAUGUCGUUCAACAAGCUGUAAACAACCAUACAAAAUCAUUGCACAUAGUCUCCAACCAGUUAUCAUGGGGUAAUAUCCUUUGGAAGCCCUGGCUUCAGUUAUGUUGCUCGUCCUUCUUUCUGUCUUGUUACUGUGACCAUGAGUCAGAAGAAAAAGUAAGCUUGCCUAAGGCAUGACACCUCUGAAACACACACACAUGCUUUUGGGAUAAACAUAUCUGCAAUUUUACCUACAAUCAUUGGAACAAGCAGUAUUGGUAGAUUGUUUGCUUGAACCACUACAAUACCUAACCUUUUACAAUCCCACUGGGGCUCCUAGGACUCUAUCAUAGGUUUAUAGUAUCUGCUGGAAUCCCAAAUCCUACUAUAUAGGGUAAACCAUCUUUUAAAUACACCAUUUCCAAAUAUUUUGGGGGGAGGGAAAACCACUCCUGGACCCUCCAUUCCAGAAGAAAGAGUAUGUUCCGGAGUAGAGCAACCCUUUCUACCCUUAGAAUCAUAGACUGUCAGGGAUGGAAGGGACCUCAGGAGGUCAUCUAAUCCAAACCCCUGCUCAAAGCAGGACUGAUCCCCAAGUAAAUCAUCCCAGCCAGGGCUUUGUCAAGCCUGACCUUAAAAACUUCUAAGGAAGGAGAUUCCACCACCUCCCUUGGCACGGUUCCUUUCUCAUGCAAUGUUUGCAUGAAGCAGGGGUGCCUGCCAUACUCGCAGACGGUCAAGCUGUAGUCACUCUACAGAGAGCACUAUUUCUUAAGACCUCUGACUCCAUCUGUGUUCACAAGCUUUGAAGGUAUGUAACUACAGCUUCCAGCUCCAACUGUCACACAUCGCUCCUGCCCCCACUGGUAACUAUCAUCUACUGUUAGGAGAGUAUUUCAGCAAGAGAAAAUUAUAAAAAAGAUACCACCGUGACGAGGGCUACAGAACUACCUAGACAGAUGGACAAACAGACACAGAAACAGACAGAUAAAGAAAGGAUUUGUAGCAGCAAUCAUGACAAGCAAUCAAUGCUGCUAUAAAACCAAAAAUAGAUGACUGACUAUACAAUACAACUUAUGGAUGACUACACAGUAACAGUUGCUCAUAUUUAACGGGACUAACAGAUGAUGUCACUUGCAUUCCCCAGUUUCUGGGAGGGCAGAUAGGAAUGCUGAGCUGCUGACAGGCGGGAAGACAGAAAAGCAGGAAAAGGAGUGUGUCAUAUGAAGCCUUUUACAGCCACUAAUCAUGUGGAGAGGUCCAACUUGGCCCAGUCAACUGGAUCCAUCCUACUUCACUAACAAGGUCCAUAAUAACAAUAAACACCCCAAAACAGGGUCCAAACACUGAAUGGCCAAUUCUGCCCAAUCCAUAUGUCCAAACUCCAAACACAGGCCAUGCCAAGAGGGUCUCUCUCUCUCAGUGGCUACUGUGGAAACCAGCUGUUUCACUGAUGACAGAGAACUGCAUUUUUUUUAAAGGUCUUGCUUCAAAUGUUUGAAAUUAUUUGCUUUGAAAACCCCCUACAAAGUCUGUUGUUUUCUGAGAAGUCUAAACAAAGUAGCUCAAAUUUACCCAAGGCUGAAUAUGUAUACUCUGUAUUCUUAAUAAGGCCUGGGGAAAUCUUUAGCACUUAUGGGCUAAUUUCAGUACCAGUAUUUACUCUGUAUCUUGUUCACUCACAUUUUCUUUUCAUUCUGCAGCAAAGCAAAUUAUUAUUAUUAUUGGCAGAUAUUAUGAACAGGAAAACAUAUCAGCAAUAUAAACUAAAAUUAUGUGAUCCCUAAUAAUAUGAGACUUUCACCUUAUCACAGAAACCUAGUGAAUUACUGUCCAUCCAACAACAUAAUGCAUUAAGGCAGGGGUCAACCUUCGGCACACAGUCCAUCAGAGUAAUCCGUUGGUGGGCCAUGAGACAUUUUGUUUAUUUUGACCGUCUGCAGGCAUGGCCCCACACAGUUCCCAGUGGCUGCAGUUUGCUGUUCCCGCCAAAGGGGGAUGCAGGAAGCCGCAGGGGCGUGCUGACUGCUGCUUCCCGCAGCCCCCAUUGGCCGGGAAUGGUGAACUGCAGCCACUGGGAACUGCGGUGGGCCAUGACUGCGGACAGUCAACAUAAACAAAAUGUCUGGCAGCCCGCCAGCGGAUUACCCUGAUGGGCCACAGGCCGAAGGUUGCCAACCCCUGCAUUAAGUUAAGGGUUCUCAAACUGAGGGUUGUGAGCUGUCAGCCCCCAGGCGGUUGGGCUCCAGCUGUCAGCCCCACACCUGGCUGACUCCGAAGCCCAUGCGUGCACCCAGCUCUGCAGACAGCACCACCAUCAGCAGCAGCACAGAAUUAAGGGUGGCAAUGGGACACUAAGACAUCUGUGAAAAGUGAUAUUUACAAAGUUUCUUCACCCCACGCCCAGCACUAAAUAGUAACUAUGAAAAAAAUAGCUUUCCUGCUUAUCACAAUGAUUAGAUAAAAAUGUAUUUUAGUCUUAAUAUAAAAGAGGUGAGAAAAGGCAAAUUCAUUUUAAACAAUAGGGUUAUAAAUUUAGCAUUUAAAAUGUAUUUUUAAUUUAUAAGGGGGGGGUCUCAUUCAGAGACUUGCUGUGUGAAAGGGGUCACCAGCACAAAAAGUGCGAGAGCUACUGCAUUAGGGGGUUUCUGGUGGUAUUAGCAAGUCCCUAACACAAUAUGAUCUUUGCUGAUAUUAACACUCAAAAACUACAUUUAGCUAAUAUUAAAGUUGUAACACCGUUUUUUCGAGCUGCCUGUCAUGGUAAUAUAUGUUUUGAUUUAGAGUCUAGCCCUCUGCCUAUUAUAACCUAGUGUUUUAUUUGCCUUUUUAAUGAAACUCAUGCACUGAAGCUCAAGGUUUCACAGAUUUAUCCAUGGCAUCCAUACAUUUUUCCUGGUAAGUAUGGUGUCAUAUUUCCCAUAUUCCCUAUUUUGGAUGGUUCAUUGCAGAUUUAUCAUUGUGCAGUUUUUCUAAAUGUUAUGCCAUGCAUGCCAUCUGUAGGUUGACAAUAACAUAGCAAGAUCCUGUGUAUUGUGACAAGUCAGGUCCAAUAACUCCCUGAUAACCAAUGUGGGCUAUUUAUAUUACAGCUGAAAAGUCAUGAGAUGGCCAUUCAGCUUGGUUUCCUGUCUGCUUUAUUAAAUCACAGCACAUACAUGAUAAAUUUAGCAACAAAGAAAUCUGUUUAUGCUUGUUUUACUGCAAGUACUUUUCGACUGUCAUCUAUGGGAACUUUUCAAGCAUGAGUGUAUGCAACAUUAUACGUUCUCAUACAUUUCUUGCUUACUAUGCAGUGAUGUAUUCAGCUGAGCUAUUUUACAUUGUUGAACCCAUCUUUGUCCUCAGAAUUCCCUAGCUGUGACCUCAAUAAGACUCUCAAUGGAUACUCUUAAAAACGUCCAUAUCUUCUUCCUUUCCUCUGGCAGUUGCCCAGCUUGGUAUCUUUUUUUUCUGCAUGAUGCUGAUUCAACUGUUCCUUUUUAGAUGCAGAGAGGUAAUGACCAAGAGCAGUAAUUCCUCCACCCACCUCUUUGAUCUCUUUUCCCCAACUGAAUUAGGACUGUCCAAUACCCCCUUUUUCUUGAAAUCAUCCAGGUCUUUCUGAUCUCCAUGCCUAGGAGCUUUACACACCUCAAAUUCUUCCUCGCCCCUUUCCAUUUGUCUCCAUAUCUAUUCCAAUCACCACAGUAAAAAGAAAUCUUUUUGAAUAGAUGCAGUUUUCUGAGCUCUACUACUUUAAUCCUCUACUUAUUAGUUAAGGUCUAAUAAGAAUGCUUAAGUUAACUGUAUAUUAUAACAUCAAAGAUGUUUAAAAAAACAUGGACAGUUGAAGUUAUUUCUUGUUUGUGCCACAUUUCAUGUUUACAAAAAUAUGAUUUAAUUUUUUGACACUGAAAAUAAAAUCUGCAAUCUAAUUUUAUAAUUGUUACUUCAAUAAAAUUGUAUUAAGAAUUACACUAUAUUUUUCAGCAGUUAUAUUGGAUGCUAUUUUGUUUAGUGCUUAAUAAAAUAAUCCCCCCACAUUACAAAUGUAUUGUAUCUUUCAGUGGCAUAUCAGAUCCUGAUAAUUAAAACAGUCUUGUAUGUAUGCAGAAUAAAAAGUGAAGUACAAUGUACCAUCU